GGCCAACGAGAGCAAAGCCAGUGACUCACCUCCGCCGCGCUAACUCUUCGCUAGCUCUCCCCUCACUCACGCUCACACCCGGUUCGAGAUGGCGGCGGCAGCGGCAGCGGCGGGGGACUCUGAUUCCUGGGACGCGGACACGUUCUCCGUGGAAGACCCGGUGCGGAAGGUGGGGGGCGGCGGCACGGCCGGCGGGGACCGCUGGGAAGGCGAGGACGAGGACGAGGACGUCAAGGAUAACUGGGAUGAUGAUGAUGAUGAAAAAAAAGAGGAAGCAGAAGUAAAACCAGAAGUCAAAGUUUCGGAAAAGAAAAAAAUAGCAGAGAAAAUAAAAGAGAAAGAACGGCAACAGAAGAAAAGGCAAGAAGAAAUUAAAAAGAGGUUAGAAGAACCUGAAGAAUCUAAAGUGCUAACACCAGAAGAACAAUUAGCAGAUAAACUGCGGCUAAAGAAAUUACAGGAAGAAUCAGACCUUGAAUUAGCUAAAGAAACUUUUGGUGUUAAUAAUACAGUUUAUGGAAUAGAUGCUAUGAACCCAUCUUCAAGAGAUGACUUCACAGAGUUUGGAAAGUUACUAAAAGAUAAAAUUACACAAUAUGAAAAAUCACUAUAUUAUGCCAGUUUUUUGGAAGCCUUAGUUCGAGAUGUGUGUAUUUCAUUGGAAAUUGAUGACUUGAAAAAGAUUACCAAUUCAUUGACUGUGCUUUGCAGUGAAAAACAAAAGCAAGAAAAGCAAAGCAAAGCCAAAAAGAAGAAGAAAGGUGUGGUCCCUGGAGGGGGAUUAAAGGCUACCAUGAAAGACGAUCUGGCAGAUUAUGGUGGCUAUGAUGGAGGAUAUGUACAAGAUUAUGAAGACUUCAUGUGACAUUUUCUCUUCUCCUGGUGUCUUCUUUCUGUU